AUGUCGGACAUUGUCUCUAUUGUCGCUGCCAUUCUCGGAGGAUUCAUAUUGUUAUACGGCCUCUGCUCGCUGGUCAUCAAGGAGAGGCUCUAUCUGUCAGAAGCAUCUGUUGCCCUUGUAUGUGGUAUCAUUUUCGGGCCUGUGUGCGCUCAAUUCAUCGACAUUCACAAGUGGGGCGAUGAGCCUAUGAUUACGCACGAAUUUACCCGCAUUGUCAUUGCUAUCCAAGUCAUGGCAGCGGGCGUUGCUCUGCCAAAAGCCUACUUGCGAAAGGAACUUCGCUCAAUUCUCAUUUUGCUGGGACCUGUCAUGUUGUUUAUGUGGAUCAUUAGCGGCCUGCUUGUGUGGGCCCUCAUCCCUGGGCUCAAUUUUCUGGAAGCACUAAUGAUUGCUGCUUGCUUCACGCCUACUGACCCAGUACUCGCCAACUCUAUCGUUCAGGGUAAAUUUGCUGAGAAGCAUGUGCCAACCCAUGUGCGUCAUAUCAUUUCUUGCGAAAGUGGUGCAAACGAUGGUCUCGGAUACCCGUUCUUGUUUCUGGCCAUCUAUCUGCUGCAAAUGGAUGUUGGACCAGCUAUUGGCAAGUGGGCUUAUUGGAUCAUGGCUUACAACGUCUUGCUAUCCAUCGUUAUCGGCUUGGUUGCUGGUUUUGUUGCUCGCAAGCUGCUCAAAUACGCAGAGCAAAGAAGAUUUAUCGAUAAGGAGUCCUUUCUCGUAUUUGCAGUUGCAUUGGCUCUCUUCUUAAUGGGCACUGUAGGCCUCAUUGGUAGCGACGAUUUGCUGGCCUGCUUUGUCGCGGGAAACUCAUUUACUUGGAAUGAUUGGUUUCGUAUUGAAACAGAAAAGGCACAUUUGAUGGAGGUUGUAGACAUUUUGCUCAAUCUUAGUAUUUUCGUUUAUAUUGGUUUGACGAUGCCUUGGUCUGCCUUUUCAAGCGAUGAACUUCAAAUCACAGUCUGGAGACUCGUCGUAUUGGCCAUCUUGGUCUUAGUGCUUAGACGUCUACCCAUCGUUCUUACCCUGUAUAAAUGGAUUCCUACUAUUCACAACUGGCGUGAAGCAGUUUUCACCGGUUGGUUCGGUCCUAUUGGUGUAGGCGCUAUCUUCUAUUACACAGUUGCUCUCGAAGCUCUCCCUGAAGAUGGUCCAAACGCUCACGCACGUGCGCUCCUUGAGCCUGUCAUCUAUUUCAUGGUACUGGGAUCAGUGAUUGCACAUGGCGUAACCAUACCCCUCUACUUUUUGGGUUCAAUUGCCACACGAACUCUCACCAUCACUAGUGAGAAAGGUAACCAAGUGUUACGCAUCCCAAAGAUGGAUACCAUUAUCGGCCGCAAACAAUCACCACCUACAGUCAUUGAAGAAACUUACAGCUCAGAGACACCACCCUUAGGAGAUAACAUCGAUAGAGAUGUCCCCAAGAAGCACACCGCCAUCACUAUUCUUACACCUCAAGUUCCGGAACAUGUACAUAGUCCAGGCAGUCUGUAUCGCCCUAACAAUACCCGCACUAGCAAUGAAGCAAAUAACUCGGUGCAAAUGGAUGACUCGGAUGAUGAGAGUGUCACCUACCUUCCAAUUUCUAGAAGAUCGUCCUUUUCACAGAGAUCCAAAAAUUAA